UAAAGACACUAUUAAUUUUUAGCACCAUGUAAAAGCAACACCAUAUGCUACUUAUAAUUGCCUACAAAAUUAUGUUUUUUUUUUUCAUUUAUCAUAUAUGUCUCUUUCAGAACGCUCAAUGUUUACAUUCGGUUGCCAUGGGGAAAGUGGUCUGCCCGAGGGUCUUUGAAUCCGAUUCGUCUUCCUGCCGCCGUUUAUAAAUCAUUUUGAAACUGAUCAUAUAAUAUAUUUAUCUCACCGUUUUGAACUUAAAAUCCACCCGCUUACCAUUUAAAGUUCACAGCCCUGUAGUGCGUUUUUAUUACAUAUAUGUUUUGUGUUAACCUUUUUACACAGGCAGUUUAACGGUCACCUUACGUAUUCUACGCCCUUAAUUUCCCGUCAUGCAAAGCGCCUUCCCUUCCUUUUCCUCCAUCUUGGAUACCAGUGCGGUCCUGCCUGCAUCUGGACAUUAGGAGAGCAAGAUGUCUGGAAGAUUAUGGUGCAAAGCCACUUUUGCUGGCUACAAGCGGGGCCUUCGAAAUCAGACGGAGCACACGGCUCUUCUUAAAAUUGAAGGAGUCUAUGCUCGAGAUGAAACCGAAUUCUAUUUUGGAAAAAGAUGUGCCUACGUAUACAAAGCAAAAAAUAACACAGUGACUCCUGGUGGAAAGCCCAACCGAACUCGUGUGAUCUGGGGAAAGGUGACCCGAGCUCAUGGAAACAGUGGCAUGGUCCGUGCUAAGUUCCGCUCUAACCUCCCAGCUAAAGCCAUUGGGCACAGAAUCCGUGUGAUGCUUUACCCAUCAAGGAUCUAAAUGUAAAA